AUGUCGAUCGGAGAAACGAGCCGUCCCGUCACGCUGGCCAUCAUCGGCGCUGGUCAACGUGGUAGCGCGUAUGCUGCAUACGCUGAAAAGUUUCCUGACCUCUGCAAAGUGGUGGCGGUGGCAGAUCCGUGGAAGUUCCGUCGCGAGAAGAUGAGCAAGGUGCACAACGUGCCAAAGGAGAACCAAUACGAUGGCUGGAAGAGCUUCGCUGAAGCCGGCAAGGUAUGCGAUGCAGUGGCCAUCUGCACCAUGGACGACACGCACGCCGAGGUGGUCAGCUUCUUUGCUCCUCUCGGAUACCACAUCCUUUGCGAAAAACCCAUGGCGAACUCGAUCAAGGACUGCGUGACCAUGGUCGACAGCGUUCGCGACACCGGCCUCAUCUUCGGUAUCGGUCACGUGAUGCGCUACUCUCCCUAUAACCGCGCUGUCAAGGAGGUGCUUGAUUCUGGAGUGCUUGGCGAGAUCAUCAACAUCCAGCACAUCGAACCCGUGGGCUGGCAGCACUUUGCACACUCGUACGUGCGUGGCAACUGGAAAAACGAGGCGACGACAAGCUUUUCUCUCAUGGCCAAAUGCUGCCACGACCUCGACAUUCUGUCGUACUACAUGGGCAAAGAUUCACCCACGAGGGUCUCGUCGUUUGGCUCGCUCGCCCACUUCAAGCCGAGCAAGAAGCCAAAGGAGGCGGGGGACGCCACGAGGUGCACCGAUUGUGCAUACGAGCGAAAGUGCCCGUACAGUGCCAAGAAGAUCUACCUCGAGCCGGUGAUGAGCAACGCCGAGGAUCCCGAACGCUGGGCACAACAUAUCACGGACGUGGUCGACAUUGAAAACGUCGGAAAAGCCAUCGCGGAAGGACCAUACGGGCUGUGUGUCUACAACGGACAGAACGACGUCGCCGACAAUCAAGUGGUCAACAUCGAAUUCGAGUCAGGCGCUACGGCCAACAUCACCAUGGUAGCCUUCUCCCAGGUGGUGUGCAACCGCUCGACGCGCAUCCACGGAACACGAGGCGAGCUAAUCGGCAACAUGGAGACGUUCACCGUGUUUGACUUCGCCACGCAGGAGAAGAAGACGGUGGUACCCAAGCAGGAAGGAGGUGGCCACGGCGGUGGAGACAUGGGAUUGGCAAGGGCGUUUGUCAAGGCUGUGGCUGAGAAGGACGCUAGCCAUUUGGGAGUGACACCCGAAGACGUGCUCAGGAGUCAUCUCAUGGUGUUUGCCUCGGAGGCGUCAAGAAAGGAAGGCAGGGUCGUCGACUAUGGGCAGUUUGAGAAGGAGCAGAAGGCAUUGUACAGUCAGUAG